UCGAAAGACGGCCGGCCCAAAACUCUGAAGCCCCAGGCAGUCCUGCAGGUUCUUAGGAGAACAGGUUGGUUUAAAUAAACUCGGGCGGGGCGCUGUAGCGCAGUUCUGUCUGGUUGUUACCGUGGUCAACGGACUAUCCUCGCUCUGCUCUCCCGGGCUGUAGUUACCCACGACUUGUCUGUGUGCCGAAAAUGUUUCGCUGCGGCAUUGCGUACCCCCGGUGCAGGUGGAUCGCACCCCUUCUUCUGUUGUUCGCCAUCAUAUUUGACAUUAUCGCUAUCGCCGCAACCUCUGGAUGGGUGGAGAACGAAGACGCCAAGUCUGACUACGCGAGUAUGUGGAAGCGAUGCCGCGGCCGAAAUGACCAGUGGGAAUGUUCAUCUCUUAUGGAAUAUCCUUGGGCCCAGGCUGUUGCGGCUUUGAUGAUCCUGGGUCUCCUCAUCCUCAUCGUGGCCUUCAUCAUCUCGUGUGUCGCACUCUGCCCGACGGUGAACAUCUCCCUGCUGCCCGUCAUUGCGGUCCUGCUCGUCAUUGCCGUGAUCCUGCAAGUCAUCGCCCUGAUCAUCUACCCGGUCAAGUUCAACGAGCUCAUCUUUGAGGGUCACUACGACUACACGUGGGCCUACGGCUUCGGCUGGGGCGCCACAGUGCUGAUGAUUGGCUGCAGUUUCCUCUUCUGCUGCCUGCCACGCUACGAGGAUGAGCUUACUGGGCUGGCCAAGACCAAGUACAUCUACAGCUCCGCCUAGAGGCUGGAGGCCCACAUAGCAGCCAAUGCAAUCAGCCCUCUCCCACCACCAAGGACAGAGGACCCUUAUAAUCUCAAACUGGACCCCAUGAUUAAAUGAAAAAGGAGAGUCCUCUCAGAGCUGUGAGUGUGAACAUGCCCCAUUAUUCCCCAUCAUCUCAUCUCCCCUCCUCCGGUUCCCUGCACAUGAGACCAGACCUGCUUUGAUUCACCUCUGGGAUGGAUUCUGUGUCAUUACGAUUGACUGCCUGUUUGCAUAGCUGACUCUUGAAUGUGGUCUUGAACACAGCAGGGGCUUCCUUUUCUCCUAGGAGACAGAAGUUAAAAGAGAAGAUCAUUUGUUGUUUUAUUCCAGCAUUUCCCUUUCUGAAAUGUAGAUUUGUUUCCUUAUUAUCUUCUUGGACGUUGCAUUACAAUUGGCUGCAGGGAAUCUCUUUCUCCAAAGUGCUCUUAGUGUCUGAUCCCACUGUACUGUCAGGCUUGCCUGUAAUCCUGUCUCUUAAUCUCCUAGCGACCAGCUAUAAAAUGGAAAACGACUUUACCAGCUUACUGUUUCCAGCUAAUGUGGAGAUUUUCAUGAUUCUUCAAGUGUGGGAUUAUUUUUUAACACACGGUGCAGAAGGAGCGUGGAUGAAACUAGGAGUGUGUCUGAAUCCUGUUCGUUCUUCUUACUGCGAGCUUUAAGGGUGUACAUUUUAAGCCUGACCACGAAAUGCUCAACACUAAACUUAAUGGAUCUCUAAGAUGAUUAUUAUGGUCUGCUCUGAAAGAGCCCUGCUGUGUGGUGCAUUAUAUUCCAGAUUCUGAGAGUGUAUGGUGGCUCCUUUCCACUGGCUGUGUUCAGCCACAACUUUGUGGUCACAGCACGAGUCCCUGUAAAUAAAUAGAUUCUGUUUGCAUUAUAUUAUCUUGAGCUUCAGUUAGCUCUGGAAGGACCCACUGCCCAUAUGUUCACAAGCACAGUGAGCACCCCCUUCUCCCACGCAGUGAACGCUGUCCCCAUCUGGCUGGACAUGUUCAGUGUGUACUUGGAUGAUCUGUUCAGACCUUCGUACCAAAAUUAAUUCCUGUGUACGAGAAAUCGCACAUUUUAAAUGGUGGUGUGUUGUUUGUUAUAUGACAAGUGUCUAUUAAUACACCUACUUUCCCCAAAUAUGAUGUAACCGUGUCCUGGCCGCAUGGGGUGCCAGGCAGCCAGCUGUACGUGGAGUUACCCACUUUUAGUCCCAUCUGGUCUACACCUGGCCACAGGUGGAGACACGUGGUCACAUCCAGAGGCAUCUGGACAUGUGUUAGUGGAAAGGAGUCAUUGGAGAACACAAACUGCAAUUCAUUCAGAAGAUGAAUGAUGAAUGUACACCAAGACUGUAUGUAACACUAAAAUAUUUUGUUUGAUAUGAAUGAUUCUCUGUGAUAUUACAUCAAUUAAUAAAUGUACUACAAGGGGUGAAAGUACAGAUUUAUCAAAAUUGAAAUUUAUUAAAAUCAGUAGUUCACUGGAUAUUGUAAAUGUAGUUAGGACAUAGGCUUAUGAUUCUGGCAGCAGGAAAAAUACAUGUAAAGGUAACGUGUCAAAUCUGAAUAUUUAGUCAAAACUUAAAUAAAGAAAAAUCUCAGGAUAUGUGAUUUUAUUUUUGGACCUGGUGUUUGGAAAUGUGCCUUGAUAUACAUAAAAAAAGCCAUGUAAAAAUUCAAAAGACCAAAUUUCAUAUUUGACACCUCUUUCCAUGAGCUCCUGCUGUGCUGCAUAAAAUGCGUAUAUUUACAAUAACUUACCUGUAACGUUGGUGUUAUUGCUAUGCCGUAUUGAGAUCUUAUUUGAAAUGUUUUGUGUAUUUUUAUCAAUAAAGUGUGUUUUUAUGAGGGAAA